UGUCAGAGUAAGCAACAUGGAAAUGUUGGCCUUCACGUCCCUUCUCAACAUGCAGAAGCUUAUUCUCCUCUCCAUUUCCAUGUCUCUCUUCUGACAUUUCCCCUGACAUUUUCACUCUGAUAUAUAAUUAACUCUCUUUUCCUCCGCCCCCCCCCCCCCAUAAAUAUAUUAAUUAAUGAUGGCUGGUGGUGAAAAUUGUCGUACCAGCCCGUUGGCUGCCACCAUCAAGACUCGUCGGAAACCAAUGGAUUUUGUCGAAAAAGCAGAGGAAAAUGGCAAUGGAAAAGUUGAUUUUACCGCACAAAACCACCACCAGCUUGGCCAUCAUCAGCAUAGAAUUAGAACGGUUUCCCUAAUGAGAUAUAUGAGAUCAGGAAGAUAUCUGGGCCGUUGGAUUUUUGGAGCAUUAAUGUUAUUAAUGGUUUCAACCAUGUUUGUGAAGAUUAUGCUGAUACACUUCUUUCUUAGAGUCAAUGCCUCGAUGAGUUCCCGUGAUUUCUUGCAACUUCCACGUACUUCUCUUGAAGCAAGAGACCUCAUGCAUGCAAAGAAUAAUGAAAUCUGGACGAACCCUGGAACUGACAAGUAUUAUAAAUGCAUUGCUCGAUCAAGUAAAGAGAUAAGAGACAAAACUAUCAGCAAUGGUUAUAUUCUAGUUCAUGCAAAUGGCGGAUUAAACCAAAUGAGAACCGGGAUAAGCGAUAUGGUAGCGGUAGCAAAACUAAUGAAUGCCAGCAUGGUUCUUCCCUUGUUAGAUCACAAAUCCUUUUGGACAGAUCCUAGUGAAUUCAAAGAUAUAUUUAACCGGAAGCAUUUCAUAAGAGCUUUGGAAGAUGACAUUGAAGUACUGGAGUCUCUUCCUCCAAGUCUUGCAAAUGUGGAACCUCUUAUGAAGGCACCUGUUUCUUGGUCAAAGGCCAGUUACUACAGCAGAGAGAUUCUGAAGCUAUUAAAGAGACACAAAGUAAUAGAAUUCACUCAUACUGAUUCACGACUCGCUAACAAUGGCAUCCCAGAUUUUAUCCAAAAACUCCGGUGCCAUGCCAUGUAUGAAGCACUUAGUUUUACUGAGGAAAUUGUAGAACUUGGAAAAAAGUUAGUAAACAGACUCGGGGAAAAUGGUGAACCGUAUAUAGCUCUCCAUUUGAGAUAUGAGAAAGAUAUGCUGGCUUUCACAGGCUGCAAUUACAACCUUACUAGAAAGGAAUCUGAGGAGCUUCGAAAAUUAAGGUACAAAACCAAGCACUGGAAAGAGAAAAGGAUAAAUGGAACAGAAAAGCGGCUUCAAGGGGGGUGCCCCAUGACACCGCGAGAGGCUGCCUUGUUUCUCGAGGCAAUGGGAUAUCCAUCCAACACUAAAAUCUGCAUAGUUGCAGGAGAGAUUUUUGGUCAAAAUGGAUUAAAGGCUCUUCAAGAAAGAUAUCCAAAUAUAUAUUCCCAUUCCAAUUUGGCAACAGAGCAAGAGUUGGAACCUUUUACNAUACCAUACAGGCAUAACUGUAGAAGAGUUUCAUAA